AUGGGUGGUGGGACGAGUAAACCUAACUUCGAAUACACGGUUCCUGUAAUAGGCUCUGAGCGGCCAGGAGAAUCACCUAUUUAUGUCAAUCCCAAAGCCAAGCCAUAUUUAAUAAUAAAAUGGCUUCGAAUGAAAGAUACUCAUUCCUUGAAUUUCUUUUCCCUCACCCAAAUUUUAUUAUUAAGGAUUUAUGCUUUUACUCGUAGACUAUUGCACAAGAGAGAAUUAAAUGGCUAGGAAUUAUAUGUUUUACCUCUUUAUACUGCUGAUACAAAAGGUAGAACCCUAGGCCGAACAGGCUCUAGAAGAAAUUUGGAUAGAGCUAUACAACGCACCAAGCCGCUAGUGUUUUCCUUUAUUCUAGGUUCCCAUUGACUUUACGGGGACUAGGAGAAGCGAGCCGGACCUUGAGGCCCGACAUGAGUUCGAGAGUAGCGACAAGACAGAGAAAAAGGUACAUCACACACCCUGCGAAACUAGAGACCCAACUAGAAGCUAGUUAAAUUAAGCUAAUUUGCUUGUUUGCUAAGCCAUAUCUCAGCACUCCUUUACCUACAGGCGCUGUCACCCUAUAUGAAAAUUUUAAAGCAACAGUGAAUCGUCAUGCAUCCAAGCCUUAUCUCGGCACAAGAGUAAAAAAUCCAGACGGUACUCUUGGUGCAUAUCGUUGGAAAACUUACGGUGAAGUCUCAGAUCUUGCAGCUCACGUUGGCUAUGGCUUAGCCUCAUUAGGCUUAACUCAAAAGAAUGAAGAUGGGCUGUCAUUUGUAGGGAUUUAUUCUAAGAAUCGUGAAGAAUGGAUAAUCACUGACCUCGCGUGUAUGUGCCAAGGAAUUACAACAGUCCCUCUUUAUGACACUCAGCAGCCUGAUACCAUCCAAUACAUUGUUGAACAAACUGGAAUGCAAGGGAUCGCAUGUGCUGCCAAGCAAACGGAAACUAUUUUGAAGCUCAGAAGUGAAGGAGGUCUACAAUCAUUAAGAAUUCUUAUCCAGUUCGAAGAAGUCACUGAACAGCUCAAAGAGUCAUUUGGCAAGCUCGGAAUGGAAAUUAUGACACUAGCUGAAGUCGCAGUUAUUGGAAAAGUAGGAGAAGACCAGCCUCCAACCCCUAACACAAUCUAUACUAUCUGCUAUACAAGUGGAACAACUGGCAGAUCCAAAGGCGCAGUAAUCACUCAGCAAAAUAUGAUUUCUACGCUUGCAGGGAUCAUUGCUUUUGGAAUUGACUUUUCAAGUGAUGAUUCUUACAUAUCCUAUUUACCUCUCGCCCAUAUGCUAGAGAGGAUUAUUUCUCAAUUUGUCAUUUUGCAUGGCGCUCAGUAUGGCUUUUACGCUGGAGAUGUGUUGAAAAUUAGAGAAGAUUUGGCUGAGUUGAAACCAACUGUAUUUGUAUCAGUCCCAAGGCUAUUUAAUAGAUUUCACGAUUUAAUCCAACAGCAGUUUGCAUCAGCUACAGGAGUUAAGAAAAUGCUUGUAAGCCGUGGACUUAGUGCUAAAAUGUACGGAUACGAAACUACAGGGACUCUUAUAAACUCAGUAUGGGAUAAGCUUGUGUUUUCCAAAGUCAAAAACGUGCUUGGAGGAAGGGUAAGAUUGAUGCUCACUGGCUCAGCUCCUAUUUCUGGGGAUGUCCUUAAAUUCUUAAGGCUUGUCUUUUCAUGCCCAAUUUUAGAAGGUUAUGGCCAAACAGAGACUUGUGCAGGCUCUGUGCUCACUGAGCCUACUGACACCGGAUAUGGAUAUGUUGGGGGACCAAUAGCCACUCUCGAAAUAAAAUUAGUUGACGUUCCAGACAUGAACUAUUUCAGUACUGAUGUAAGCGAGGACGGCCAAAGGGCACCAAGAGGAGAAGUGUGCUUCAGAGGGCCACCUGUGUUCAAAGGAUACUAUAAAAGUCCUGAACAAACAGCAGAAGCUAUAGACGAAGAAGGCUGGCUACAUUCUGGAGAUAUCGCUAUCAGAUUGCCAGGCAGUGGCGCUUUAAAACUAAUUGAUAGAAAGAAAAACUUCUUCAAGCUUGCACAAGGUGAAUAUGUUGCCGCUGAAAAGAUAGAAAUUGCUUACCAAAAAAGCUUCUUCAUUAACCAGAUUUUCGUCUAUGGUGAUUCUUUCCAAUCUUACUUAAUCGCCAUUAUAGUGCCUGAUGAGCAAUAUAUCAGAAAAUCUUGGACAGAUGCAAACCAAGUAGGCAAAGACACACCAUUUGCUGAUAUUUGUGCAAAUCCUAAACUAAAAGAAGAUAUUAUUAAAGAUAUGAACAAACUCGCAAAAGAAGAAAAAUUGCUUGGGUUCGAGGUCGUUAAAAAGAUGGGUGCAGGUCCAUUGAUAGUUUGCAUUUCACCGAGCCGAAAAUUUUUAAAUAGUGUACCAUUUGGCCGAAAUUUAGCAGUUUUUUCGGUCAAAUGUCUCACUAUCAAAAAUGACUCGAUAAAUUUUACCCUAGGAGAUGUCACACUAUCAAAAUUCCACAGUCAUUUGGCAUGGAGCCUAAAAAGAUAUAUAUUGAGCCAGUGCCUUGGACUCCUGAAGACUUGCUGACCCCAACUCAAAAACUGAUGAGAUUCCAUGCAAAGAAUAAAUACAUUGAUGUGAUUAACCAGCUCUAUGCAGAGCCUUUAUAA